AUGUCAAUGUAUCCCUGGCAUGGGACGACAGGCUCCAACGCUCAUCAUCACCCACACACCGGAACUGCAGCGGCGGGCCCUCGAAUCGACCAUACGGCUCCGUCGCCGUCGCCUUCGUCGUUCCAGAUGCCUCAGCUCCGGUGGCUGCCGUCCAUGAUGUCGCGGUCCCAGCAGAACACCCUGCCUACCAUCUCGUCGAAUUUGCGAAUGGGCCAGAACUCGCACCACCAGCCCGUGUCGGUGGUAGUCGAGGCGAGACCCCCUCCGCCGGAGUCCAGCGAAGGGUCCGAGAGUGAUCGCUCGGACAGCGCCGUGCGAGACGGCACGGCGCCGGACGGACUGGGGGAUCCGGAUUAUGCGCCGUCGCCGGGGGAUAUAGGGCCUGGCGGGGUGCAAAAUGGGGUAUCUGGGGUUGGAGGCGCAGCGGGGACUGGUGGAGGGGCUGCAGGGGGCAGCAAUGGUCACGGGCUUGUGGCGAACAGGGUGCUCGUGGACGAGGAUCUCGACGGCACUGGCGGGGGAGGAGACACGCCGCGGAAGCACGGGAAACGACUGACGACCAAGGAGGAGGUAUCGCUGUUUGACAUCUGCAACCGACACGCGGUGGAGUUUGGCCAGCGCAGCAACCUGUGCAAAUGGUGGAAGACGGUCACGGAGGAGUUCACCCGCGACCAGGGGCAUCCGUACUCGUGGCACUCGGUGCGUCGCAAGGUGGAGAUCGUCACCAAGCAGCGCAUGAAGUUCCUCGAGGAGCAGCGCGAGAAGGGCGGCACCGACGCCGACGACCUGUCGAAUCCGCGGUGGCGCGCGGCCGUUGAUGCCUGGAUCCCCACGUGGCAGCGGUGGGAGGAGGCCGAGGCGCGGCGCAUUGAGAGGCGCGAUUUGCGUGCUCGCAAGUCCCGCAAGAGGAAGGACAGGUCGUUUGACCUGUGGGAUGGCAAUUCCGAUGGCUGGCGGCCCUCUGCCACUCCGGUCGUGGAGAGCCGAUUCCAGGGUCCCGCUCAGGGUCCGGGUCAGUCUCAGCAGGCGCAGCCACCUUCCGUCUCCCCUGCGUCUCCUCCGGCUCCAGCUGCUUCCACUGGAGCUGGAGCUACCACUGUCCAGAAUACCGUCCGCCUACCUCCAGGCUUUGACUCGAUGUUCGCAAGCCAGACACCCCAGCCAAACCGGACGAUCACCGCGGCGGCAGGAUGGUCGUACCCGCAAGCAUCAGCGACUGCUCAAGCCCCAUCCGCCCUGGAAAGCAGCAUGAUGACCGCUGUAUUGGAGACUCUAGGAAAACUGAACAGACAUCUCGACGCAGUCAGCGCCGACCCUCGCUCCUCCCCGCUUGUUACGUCUUUGGCUACGAAUGGGCAGAUCCCUCGGGAGAACGGGGUCUCGCACGACGGGGCCGUGGACGGUGCUCUGGGCUCAAUGUCCUCGGCUUUCAUUAACCAACUCAAGGAUGAGCUCCGGCAGGAGAUGCAGGAUGAGCUGCGUCGUGAGCUGGAGAAAGACCGGGCCUCCUUGGAGGAGAAACUAGAUUCCGUACAGCGGACCCAGGAAAUGAUCCUCGAGAUGUUGCGACAGGAGCCGAGUUGA